UUAGCUUGAGGGAAAGCGCCGCAUAGCCCCUCCCCCCUCGGGUAGGAUCCCAGCUCGGGCUGGAAGAUGGCGGCGCCCAGCGAGCAGGUGGCAGCCGGUGAUUUUGGGUCAUGGCUGGACGAGCGGCUGGAAGCCCUGGGCAUGGAUCCAGAAGUGUACCCGGCUUACAUCAAGGGGGUGCUGCGGGAGGAGGACAAUCCCGAGGAGAGGGAUGAGGCGCUCAGGGGCAUCCUGUCUGCCUUCCUGGAGGAAGACUCCAUAGAAGAUGUCUGUCUAGAGAUAGUCACCAAGUGGUGUGAAGUGGAGAAGGCAAUUCAAGCACAGGCUAAAACAGAAGAUAAGGUGGAUGCCCUCACUAGCAUGAUAGAAAAACAGGCACAAAUCGUGGUAAAACCCAAAGAAGUGUCUGAGGAAGAGCAGCAGAGAAAGGCUGCCCUCCUGGCACAGUAUGCCAAUGUCACAGAUGAAGAAGAUGCAGAUGAAGAGGAGGACACUACCGGAGCUGCUGCCCAGAGCAGUGAGAAAUCUCUUUUCAAGAACACAAAUCUGGAAGAUAUUGUCAAUGCUAGGAAACUUGAACGAGAUACAAUGCGGGAGGCAUCUCAAAAGAAGAAAGAUCAGGACAAGCAACAACGAGAAAAAGACAAGCAAGCCAAGCAGGAUCGAAAAGAAAAGGAGAAGAAACGCACACAAAAGGGCGAGCGCAAGCGAUAAUUCACUUUUUACAGACUUUGCCGUGGACGGGCUGGGUGCAGAAACUAUAUUUGGACAUCUAUACCAUAAGUUGAGGUCCUUACAUUAAAUGUAUUCAACAGCUGCUAGAAAGAAGCACGUUUAGAUCUCAUUCCUGGUGGUUCUAACUUCCCACUUCUGGUUUAGCCAAAAUAAAAAUGAGUCGCAUACUGCAUUAGAAGCCAAGUAAAAAACAACAGUGAUGAAACUGAACUGCGAUUGCUCUCCCCUCUCCUGCCAACACUAUGUGGUGCACGAACAAUACAGCUCUCAUCUCACAGGACCGGUGGAGGGUACACAUUUAAAUGGGGGAUCCUCCUUUUUUGCUCUGAAAAUAUAUUUAUACAUUUGUAAAUGAAAUAAAUACUGCCCGGCACACUAAACUUUGUAAA